UCGGUGCCGGUGCCGGGCCGGUGGCGCCAUGCCCGAGGCGCUGUCGCUGCUGUGCCGGGUCUCGGCGCACCCCGAGUCCCGCUGCUGGGCCCUGGCCUGGAGCCCCAGCGGGGCCCUGCUGGCCACGUGCGGCGGGGACCGGAGCGUGCGGGUGUGGGGACGGGAGGGCUCGGGCUGGGCGUGCCGCGCCGUGCUGGCCGACGGGCACCAGCGCACGGUGCGCAGGGUGGCGUGGUCGCCGUGCGGGCACUUCCUGGCCUCGGCCAGCUUCGAUGGCACCACCUGCGUGUGGCGGCGCCAGGAGCACGGCUUCGAGGUGGUGGCCACGCUGGAGGGGCACGAGAACGAGGUGAAGUCGGUGGCCUGGGCACCCUCGGGGGCACUGCUGGCCACCUGCAGCCGUGACAAGAGCGUCUGGGUCUGGGAGGUGGACGAGGAGGAGCAGGAGUUCGAGUGCGUCAGCGUGCUCAGCGCCCACAGCCAGGACGUCAAACACGUGGUGUGGCACCCCAGCCAGGAGCUGCUGGCCAGCGCCAGCUACGACGACACGGUGCGGCUGUACCGCGAGGACGAGGACGACUGGGUGUGCUGUGCCACCCUGGAGGGGCACACGUCCACCGUGUGGGCCGUGGCCUGGGAGCGCUCCGGCCAGCGCCUCGUGUCCUGCAGCGACGACCGCACCCUGCGCGUGUGGCAGCGCGCCCCGGGGCAUGGCUCGGAGCACAGCUGGCAGUGUGUCUGCACCCUGUCCGGGUACCACGGGCGCAGCAUCUACGACGUGGCCUGGUGCCACCUGACGGGCGCGGUGGCCACGGCGUGCGGUGACGACGCCGUGCGGGUGUUCGAGGAGGUGGCCCCGGCGGCGCCGGGCUCCCCGGUCACCUUCGGCCUGGCGGCGCAGGUGGCGCGGGCGCACGCGCAGGACGCCAACGGCGUGGCCUGGCACCCGCGGGAGCCGGGGCUGCUGGCGUCCUGCGGCGACGACGGCGCCGUCGCCUUCUGGCGCUACCAGCGCCCCGAGGGCCUCUGAGGGACCUCCCCAGGAC